GGCAUGUACAAUAUAAAUAAACAUCGAGUGGAGAGUUUAGGGUUUUAGUGGUGCAUAAGACUAACACAGGAGGCGGCGCGUAAGAGAAAAAAGAGAGAAAAUGAAGACUAUACUGUCAUCGGAGACGAUGGACAUUCCGGAGGGCGUUAAGAUAAAGGUGAACGCCAAGGUGAUAGAGGUGGAGGGGCCUCGGGGGAAGCUGAUCCGCAACUUCAAGCACCUCAACCUCGAUUUCCAGCUCAUCAAGGACGAAUCCACCGGCGACCGGAAGCUCAAGAUCGAGGCCUGGUUCGGCACCAGGAAGACCAGCGCUGCCAUCCGGACUGCCCUCAGCCACGUCGAGAAUCUCAUCACCGGCGUCACCAAAGGGUACCGAUAUAAGAUGAGAUUCGUCUACGCCCAUUUUCCCAUCAACGCCUCCAUCACCAAUUCCAACACCGCUAUUGAGAUCCGUAACUUUCUUGGCGAGAAGAAGGUAAGGAAAGUUGAUAUGUUGGAAGGUGUAACCGUGCUCCGGUCUGAGAAGGUUAAGGAUGAGCUUGUUUUGGACGGAAAUGAUAUCGAACUUGUUUCUCGCUCUUGUGCUCUCAUUAACCAGAAAUGCCAUGUGAAGAACAAGGACAUCAGGAAAUUCCUUGAUGGUAUCUAUGUCAGCGAGAAAGGAGCGAUUGUUGCAGAGGAAUGAGUUCUCUGCUUCCGCUUUUGAGUAUGCAUUUUUGGUUAUUGUUAUCAAGAUUUUUAUGUUAUGCUACUUCAGAUGUUUUCUACUUUGGUUUAGUGGAGUUAUACAGCUUAUUUUAACUGUUUGUCAUGGCAAUUUGAAAGAGAAUGUUAGGUUUUUAUAA